AUGACUUUGCAACAUGGUUUGCAGCAGCACACAGUUUUGCGUACACAACAGCAUGGACUACAGCAACAAUCACAGCAAGGGUCGCAGCAAGAGCAACAACAAGGAUCACAGCAAGAACAGCAACAAGGAUCACAGCAUGAAUUACAACACGAACCACAACCACGACCGCAGCAACAUCCGCAGCCACAUCCGCCGCCACAACCACAACCACAACCACAACCACAACCACAUCCACAGCCUGGCAUAUUAAUAGUAAUAAUGUAG